AACCGGGCGGCCCGAGUCCGCGUGAGCAAGGGGGACAAGCCGGUGAGCUACGAGGAGGCGCACGCGCCGCACCACAUCGCGCACCGCAAGGGCUGGCUGUCGCUGCACACAGGGAGCCUGCACGGGGAGGAGCACGCGGCCGAGCGCACCGUGGAGGACUUCUUCCUUCGCAAGUUCAUGCAGGGCACCUUCCCCGGCUGCCUGGCCGACCAGCUAGUCCUGAAGCGCCGGGCCAACCAGGUGGAGAUCUGCGCCCUGGUCCUGCGGCAGCUGCCCGCGCACAAGUUCUACUUCCUUGUGGGCUACAGCGAGACGCUGCUGUCCCACUUCUGCAAGUGUCCCGUGCGGCUGCACCUGCAGACUGUGCCCUCGAAGGUUGUGUAUAAGUACAUCUAGGCCACGGCCACACAGGCUGAACCUGACGCGGUCUAAGUGCAUCUAGGCCAUGGCCUGCACACGCUGAGCCUGCCACGGACAGGGACGGGGUGGGGGUGUGGCAGAAUGGGGGGCACCGUGCCCCCACCCCCACCGGGCACCGAGCCGUCCUGACGGCUGUGGACGGAGGCCGGCGAGUGGGGUGCUGUGUGCACAGCGCUAAGCUGCUGUUUGUGACAUCUCGCCCGUGCCGGAGCCUGGUCCGGUGCUGGCCCUGCCGCGCAUCCUGGCGUCCUGCUCACGCACAGCCCGGGCCAGGUGACGGCUCAGGCACUUGAGUUCCUGCCGCUCGCGGGAGACCUGGAUCGAGUUUCAGGCUGCUGGCCUCGGCUUGGGUCAGCCCUGGCUGUUGUGGCCAUUUGGGGAGUGACCUCUUUGUCUGUCUGUGCCUUUUAAAUAAAUAAAUAAAUAAGUCAAUAUAAGAUUGAAAAAUAGACUAAA